CGGCAGAAGGAUCGACGGCGGCAGCGAGAGGAGCUAAACAGGUGGGCUGAAAAGACCCAUAAAAAACAACAACAACAAUGUCGUCCGGCGGGGACAAGAGGAAAAGCGUCUCGUGUUGAUAUCCACAAGGGAAUCUCGGGGACAAUCGAACCGGAAAACCCAAUGGUCCAACUUUAUUUCCCGUCCGCCUGCUGUCGGUUUGAGUCCGAAUCUGGCUGCCUGGAUCUCGGAUACUGAGCCAUGAAGGUGACGGUGUGCUUCGGCAGGACCCGAGUGGUGGUUCCGUGCGGGGACGGAAACAUUAAAGUCCACUCGCUCAUUCAGCAGGCUGUCAUGAGGUACAAGAAGGCCAUCGCUAAGGAUGCCAGCUACUGGCUGCAGGUUCACCGGGUGGAGCACAGCGACGGCGGCAUCCUCGACCUGGAUGACGUGCUCUGUGACGUGGCCGACGAUAAAGACAGGUUGAUAGCGGUUUAUGAGGAGCAGGAGCCGCAUCAUGGAGGCGAUGGUACCAGUGCCAGCUCCACAGGCACCCAGAGCCCCGACCUGUUCGCUGCAGAGCUCAGCGCUGCCAGUGGAGCCUUCCAGCCGUACCAGACCGCCAGUGAGAUUGAGGUCACGUCCUCUGCAUUGCGCGCCAAUAUGCCCCUCCACGUCCGGCGCAGCAGUGAUCCAGCCCUGCUAACCAUCAAUGGUCCAUUCAGCACCGGCGAGACACGUGCACAAACGGAGGAGGCUCCUUCAAGGAAGAAUCCCACCCGCUGGUCCACCACCGCCGGUUUCUUGAAAGUUCACCACUCGUCUGGCACCAACAGCCUGGAGAGGAAGAGUAAAGGCAUGGACACAUACCGUAGUCUGCCACGGGAUGCAGGUACCUGGGCCAAUCAGAGAGAGUUCCAGAGAGAGACAGCCCGGUCCUCACUCAGCACCAAGCACCCCAUGGUGGACCGCUGGCUGGAGAGACAGGAACAAGAAGAGGUGUCCAGAGAAGAAGAAAAUGGAAGGAUCGAUCCAGUUGGCCGCGCUGACUCCAGUGUUGACCACGCCCCUGUGAGGUCACUAGAAGACAUAGUCAAACUGGUGGAGGUGUCAAACGAUGGCGGGCCGCUGGGAAUCCACGUGGUGCCGUUCAGUGGCAGGGACCGCAGGACUCUUGGCUUGUUGGUCAAGCGUCUGGAGCGAGGAGGCAAGGCGGAGCAGCAGGGCCUGUUCCAGGAGAACGACUGCAUCGUCUGUAUCAAUAACGGUGACCUGCGGAACAUCCGCUUUGAACAGGCUCAGUACAUGUUCCGUCAGGCCAUGCGCUCGCCGGUCAUCAUGUUCCACGUGGUGCCGUCGUCCAUGAAGACCCACUACGAGCAGCUGUCUCUCACUGAGAGGAGCCCGGCGUACUCCUCGGGAAGAUUUAGUCCGGAUUCUCUGUCUGGAAGCACUGUGUCCGGCAUGGACCACAUGCCGCAGAGGACGGCUCGACACGCUUCUCAACCGCACCCCCAUUUCCACCCGCACUCCCACACUUGCCCUGAUCCAACUGACGCUUACCCACCUCUGACUCACCCGGCCGUCUCUGCAGCCAAGCCUCCCACUGGACAUGUCCACUCACCUCAGAGGGCGAUGAGCUCCAACUCAACAGGUGGAUACACCAAAAAGGUCGGGAGACGGCUCAACAUCCAGCUGAAAAAAGGUCCUGAAGGACUCGGCUUCAGCAUAACGUCUCGAGACGUCCCCAUCGGCGGCUCGGCGCCCAUCUACGUGAAGAACAUCCUGCCCCGGGGAGCGGCCAUCCAAGAUGGCCGUCUCAAGGCAGGAGACAGGCUGCUGGAGGUGAAUGGUGUGGAUCUAAAUGGGCAGACCCAAGAAGAGGUGGUGUCUCUGCUUCGGGCCACGCCCAUGGGCGGGGCUGUGGGUUUGCUGGUCCUGCGUCAGGAGGAGGCGUUCCUGCCCCGUGAAGUGAGUGCUGAGCCUCAGAUGCAAUACCCCAGAGACCUGCAUCCGAGGCAGCCGGCGCCAGCUGGGAAACCCCAUUGGCUGAUCGAGAAGCAAGAGGAGGAUGAGCUGGUUCUGACUCCCGACGGGACCAGGGAGUUCCUCACGUUUGAGAUCCCGCUCAGUGACUCGGGUUCGGCUGGCUUGGGUGUCAGUGUCAAAGGCAACCGUUCAAAGGAGAACCACGCUGACCUGGGCAUCUUUGUCAAAUCCAUCAUUAAUGGCGGGGCGGCUUGCAAGGACGGGCGGCUGCGAGUGAACGACCAGUUGAUUGCCGUCAACGGGGAGUCGUUACUUGGCAAAACCAACCAGGAUGCCAUGGAAACGCUACGUAAGUCCAUGUCCACAGAAGGCAACAAACGUGGGAUGAUCCAGCUCAUUGUUGCUCGACGCGUGGCCAAACGCACUGAGGAAGCACCUGGUAACUACCAGCUGUCUCCAACAGUCAACAUGCCCCAAGACGACACUGUCAUCAUUGAGGAUGACCGGCCGCCGCUCCUACCGCCUCACCUCUCCGACCAAUCGUCUUCGAGCUCCCACGACGAUGUGGGCUUCACCGCUGACAUGACGCCAUCGUGGGCUAAAGAAGUGUCCGAUCCAAGCGACAGCUCUCAGAGUCCGGAUAAGAUGGAUCCAGAUGUUUCUUUCCAGAGGGAAGGCUUUGCACGCCAGAGCAUGUCAGAGAAACGCACCAAGCAGUUUGGGGACGCCGCCAACCUCGAGAUUAUUAAGACGCGCAAGUCAAAGAGCAUGGACCUAGUAGCCGAUGAGAUUAACCUCACCCCUCGCCCCGAGGCUGACACAGGUUCCUCCACACGGGAUGUAGGCCCAUCGCUCGGAUUGAAGAAGUCCAGCUCUCUUGAAAGUCUCCAGACUGCAGUUGCCGAGGUUACACUCAAUGGGGAUUUGCCCUUCCAUAGACCCCGCCCCCGUAUCAUCAGAGGGCGAGGCUGUAACGAGAGCUUCAGGGCAGCUAUCGACAAAUCCUACGACCGCCCGGCCGCCACAGAAGACAACGACGAGGGCAUGGAAACAUUGGAAGAGGACACAGAGGAGAGUUCCCGAUCGGGGCGAGACUCUGUGUCCACAGUGGCCGACCAAACCCCGCUGACCGGCCCAGAAAAACCUCUGGUCAACGGCACCAAUCGCACCAAAGAGGAGAAGAAGAAAGACAAAGAGAAGGGAGGCAAGGAGAAGAAAAAACAGGAGGGAGGGAAGGAGAAGGCCAAACCCAAGAAAGGGGUGCUGAAAGGCCUCGGUGACAUGUUCAGGUUUGGGAAACAUCGUAAGGACGAGCGACCCGGGGAAAAGAUGGAUUGUAAAGGCUCCAGCAAGUGGAGGCCGGAGGAGAUGCAGGUCUCAGAGGAGGAGACGAUGAAGAUGAGGCUGGAGCAGGAGAGAAUCCAAGCUAAGACCCGGGAGCUGAGGGAGCGCCAGGCCAGAGAAAGGGACUACGCAGAGAUCCUGGACGUGAGCCGCUCACUGGAAAGACCCUCCGAGGACGAACACCUGUACGACGGCAUCAAUGCCUUAAACAGAUCUGUGGACAGCGGGCACAGCCGGCCUCACAGUCCCCGUGACGACUACCCCCUCAUCCACCCGCACCACCAGCACCAGCACUCCGACUCCCUUUACACCCAAAUCAGCAAGACCCACCAUGACCGGCCUCCGUCUACAGACAGUAACCGGCUCACCCCCAGCAACCAUGACCGGAUACAGAGGCUGAGGCAGGAGUUCCAGCAGGCUCAGAAUGUUCCUGAUGACGCCGAUGAGCGCAGGAGGACCUACAGCUUCGAGCAGCCCUGGUCGAACGUCAGCAGCAAUAACGGUCCGGGCGCUUACAGCCAGCCGGGCCGCCACUCUGUGUCGGUCGAGGUUCAGAUGCAGAGACAGCGCCAAGAGGAGAGAGACUCAUUCAGUCAGGCUCAGCGACAGUACAGCUCGCUUCCGCGUCAACCCAGGAAGAACCCCAGCACCGUCUCUCAGGACUCGUGGGAUAAAGCGUACCCACCUGGGGAGGGCUUCCAGACAGCCAAAGACAACCCCAGGUACUCCAGCUACCAAGGCUCCAGGAACGGGUACCCAGGCGGAAGCAGCGUUAACGCCCGGGUCCUGCUCGAAGCUCAGGAGCUCCUGAGGCAGGAGCAGAGGCGCCGGGAGCAGGAAGCCAAAGGGAAGAUGAUGCAGGAGAACAGCAGUAGCAGCUCCUACGACGGGUGCUCCGCAGCACGCUUGAAGGACCCAGCGUCACCCAAGGGCCCGUAUCGCCAAGAUGUGCCGCCGUCACCUUCACAGUUAGCAAGGCUAAAUCGGCUGGGAUCAGAGAAAGGACGACUUUUCUUUUCUUGAGGACAGAUGGAUGAGAACUGAGAACUUUGGUGGAAGAGCCUUGAAGAAAACUGUAAAGCAAACGCUAAAAUUGCAGGUUAGGGAUGAUAGCCGAGAGAUCUUAUAGCGUAACGGCGAUCUUAAAGGUGAACAGUGGCGCGUACACCGUAUGUGGGUGUCCCUGACCUGUACGGGCAGUCAGAGGUCCUCCAGUGCCUUCUCGUCACCUGUGGACUCUGACUCGUGGAGAUCUGCCACCUUCAUGGACUGACAAUCAAACAGGCAAACGAGUGGGCGUUCCCCUAAGCCCACAAGGGGGCGUAAGGUUUGCCGCAGGUUUACAUAUUUAAAGGUAUCACUGCCACAUCACGUGUGGGCGGAGUCCCAUGGAUGAUCCUCCUCUUGGCUCCACCCCAUCAUCACAAAACACCUCACCUG